AUGGGAAAACAAUUGGAUAUCAUUUUACAUUGUUACAUGUUGGUAAGCGAGAUAAUUGAAGAUCUUGAUCAAUAUGACAAUAUAAUUGGUAAUGGAAUCCAAACAUACUUUCAAAAUUAUCCAAAUUUAGAAAUUGUGGCGGAAAUUAGCCGAUAUUUAAUCACAACAGCAUUUAUAUUAAAUACAACAUUAAUUGGAAAACGGAAAACUAGAGAAACUGAUGUCGAAAAUACCCAUUAUUGUAUUAACGAAGGCCGAUAUAUUAGUUUUUAUGGAUUCUUCUUUAACGAUUCAAUUCCAGUGCCAAAAGUUUUAAAGAGUUCAUCUACUUUUGACGAAGUUUAUCCAAGUACCUUAUGGGGUGGUACAUGUGAUUCUAUCGAUAUUUUGUAUAAAGAUAUUUAUUUACCCAGUCUUAAUGUAGGGGAUUGGAUACAAUUUGAAAAAAUGGGAUCAAAUCGUAUGUGUUAUUAUACAGGAUUUAAUGGGUUCGAGAAAACGGUAUUUCCAGCAUAA